AUGCGACACAAAUUGGAUGCAGGACAUGAAAAACAAGUAAACAAGGCACUUUAUUCCUUUUCAUCUUCAAAUCGAAUUGAUUUUCCCAUUCAAAUGACUGAAGAAAUUAAAAAAACACGAGAAAGUUUUGAUGCUGUAGUAGAAGACAUGUAUAAAUUGAAUUUAUGCCCACGAUCUAUUGUGGUCAAGCAAACUGACAGUGGAUGGAGAGAAACAUGUUCUUUUGUGUUAGAGACAGAUAUCAUUGGAAGAGAUGACACCAAAAAGGAGAUUAUUAGUCUGUUGAGACAUCCUCAUGAAAACCAAAAAGUUUCCGUGGUUGCCAUUGUUGGCCUUGGUGGUUUGGGGAAGACAGCUCUUGCACAAUUGUCAGUUACUCGUUGCCAAAUAGCAGACGGAUCAUCAUUAGACUAUUUGCAAGAAGAGCUUCGUGAAAAUUUAAGUGGUAAGAAAUAUUUGUUGGUCCUGGAUGACAUUUGGAAUGAGAGGCAUGACAAAUGGGAUGAGUUGAGAAAGUACUUGAUGUGUGGCGCUCAAGAUAGCAAGAUUUUAGUGACAACUCGAAGUGAAAAUGUAGCAAAUGCAAUGACUGUUAGCACUUCCUAUCCUUUGAAAGGUUUGACUGAUGAAGCAUCUUGGAGGUUAUUGAAGAACAUUGCAUUUGAGGAUGAUUCCAAAAUGAAUCAAAACCUAGAAUCAAUAGGGAAAGAAAUAGCCAAAAAAUGUAAAGGGGUUCCAUUGGCAGUUAGAGCGCUGGGAGGCCUGUUACGAGGACAAAAUGAACAAAGUGAAUGGGAGAAGGGUUACCUUAUAUGUUCAACUAAAGAGCAGCACGUGGAAGAGAUUGGUAACCAAUUUGUAAAGAUUUUUUUGAUGAACUCAAUUUUUCAAGAUGCAAAGAAUGAUGAAUAUGGUGUGAUCAUUAGUUUCAAAAUGCACGAUUUAAUGCAUGAUCUUUCAAUACUUGUUGCUGGCAAUGAUUGCUGUUACUUGGACAGUACAGCGGAAAAAGUUGAAAGCAGUCCAGUACACGUAUCACUGGAAUCUUGUGAGGCCAUUCAUUUGUUGAAAUCAUUAGAUCCGAGCAGGCUGCGAACUUUGAUUUUGCCAAAUGUCUUUCAAGAGGAAGAAUAUUUGUCGGUUAUUACGAACUUCAAAUACUUACGUGUCUUGAAGAUGCAGCAAUUUUGCGCUUUUGAUCUCUCGGAUUCCAUUGAAAAUCUGAAGCAUUUAAGAUACCUUGCUUUAGGACAAGAAACAAGUGUUUCCAAAUCUAUGAGCAAUCUUAUUUUCCUGCAAACAUUAAAAUUAAAGAAUUACGAUGAAAAAUCAUUUUUUGAAGUGGUCACAAAAUUAGUCAAUCUGAGAUGGCUUGACUAUGGCUCCUUGAGUGAGAUGGCAUUUGGAUGGGGAAAAUUUGUUAGAUUUUAA